AUGGACGACUGCUGGACCAUUGCGCUGCUACCUUGGAAGGAUUUUACACCGUUAUCAAGCGUUGAAAUAAAUAGAUUUUCUUUCAGUGUGGCCGUGAGUAGUGGAGCCAGCGACUCUUGCCAGUCAAGUGAUACCACUAGUGUUUCAGAACCGUGCUCUCCAGAAUGUCCAGCUUCUCCAGAUAUUCCUCAGCCCAUGCCUCCUCUACCAGCCUCUCUGUCAGAGGAAACCAAUGAUAAUUGUCUGCUUGGAAGUGAUGAUUUUGACAGUGUUGACUAUGGUGUUUUGCCAGGGAGGAAUUGUUCAAAGGAAGAUAUAUCUGAACAUUCAUUAGAGUAUCAAAGGGAUGGUCUCCUCCAAGAUGGCAUAACUCAGCCUAAUGGUUUGUUAGAUUUUAAUGAACAUGAUGUAAAAUAUGAAGAAGAUUGUGGGGUCCAGAAGAACACUUUUCAAGAAUUAUCAAGGGAACAAGAUAUAACAAAGAAGUGUAGUGAGACUGAAAAUGCCUGUGAUGAUUCCAUUACCACUUUCAAUCCAUUAGGGGUUAAAGAGUGGGAAAAGUCUCACAUUGAAAACAACCUUGAUGUGUAUUCACAAGCCUCAUCUUCUAGCCAAGGUCUUAGUACUUCAUCAUUUUCUAGGCAAUCCUUAGUUUCUUCCACGAUAUGCUAUAACCAAUCCCCCACUGCCACCUUAUUAACUUCAAGCCAAUCAACUGCCAGUUCUCAGGCCGGGUCACCUUUGACAUGCAAGUGGUUAAACUGUGUUAUUGAGGUUGAUUGUCCGAGUGAACUUGUGGAGCACAUUCGUAAUGUCCACGUUGACAGUCAGAAAGAUGGAGAAAGUUUCACAUGUUUGUGGAAAGGUUGUAAAGUGUACAACCGGCCGUCGUGCUCGCUGAGCUGGCUGCAGCGACACAUGCUAACUCACGGAGGAAACAAACCUUUCAAGUGUAUCGUGGACGGCUGCAGACAGAGGUUCACUUCCCAGAAUGCCUUGGAAAGGCACGUCAACUCUCACUUUAACAGCCCUCCCACAUCUAGUGCAAACAAGAACAGUCGAACCAAGGACGAUAGCCCCACCAAGUUAGUCAGGAGGAGGAAGGUUCGAUACCGCCAGAGAUGUUGGGCAGUCAAAACAGAAGACUUCUUUGAUGCUGGAAUAAUGGAGCAUAUAAGACAUGAACUUAUGGAAUUGAAUGCAGUUACUCAGGUAGACCUCCAUGGAAAGCCAGGAGCAGUCACAUUCCAUAGUAUUGUCCAAGGGCGGCGUGUGGAAGAAUCUGGGAAAGUGACAAUGUUGCUACACUGGCUACCAGAACAAAUUAUUCCAGAUGAAUGGGUGUGUGAAUCGCAAGUUGCCCAAAUGUCUCGUCGUACCAUUCCAGUCACACUUCUACCUCGUGAUGCCUUAGACACGUUACAUCCGUCUCUGUCACAUCUUGCUCCACGGAAACGCAAGAGAAAGUGAUCUGGUUGGAGAUAACUUUAUAGUAGAUCUCUUGGAAUUGCACUCAAUAACUGAAUGAUGUCCUCUCCAAGCUGUACCUAUGCAACUUGAUGUUGCUGUGCUACUAAAUGCUACGUAAACAGAUAUGCAAUUGUGUUUUGAUCAUGAUGGCUCAUGUUGGUAUGUUGUGUGUGGUGCCUUGUAGUGUUGUUUCUUCACUUGGAGAUAGCAUUUCAAAAAGAAAACAGAUUUACAAAAAAAAGUGACUCAUUCCACUAUUUUCUAAAUUAAUUGAUUUAGCAGUUAUGUAUUAAAUAUUUUAUUUUGUGGCAAAAUGUUAAAGCUUUUAAUCAAACAGGAUAUUUAAGAAGUUACCCUAAUGUCAUAGUGUUAAACAGUAACCGAGAGCCAGCCAAAUAAAAGGUGUGUUAACAGUAGAAGACUGUUCAAGUAUCAACAUUGUAUCUGUAUAGAUAAGAUUAAUUAGGAAAAAAAAAGUAAUAAACAUUCAUAGGUACAUCAUUAGGUAUGAAGAUAAAUGGAGCCCUAAGUCUAACCAAAAACUGUAUGUUUGAGAACAAAAAUAUUAGUUUGUGUUUCACACAGAAUACUUUGUUCGUUCUUGACUUUGAAAAAGGUUCAUUUACUUUUCUUGGCAAUGGUAGCUUAUUUCAUUUCAUUCACUCACUUGUGCUGCUAAACAACUUGCCAUGUUUCUUGUCAUAGCUUAGUAUAGAUAAGCUUGGUAAUUUUUUUUAUUGUUGUUUUGUUUGAUAGAAAAUUUUACAUGAGAUGAAUUCAGUUCCGUAAAAAAUGUAUCAUCAAUAUAAAUAUUGUGUUUGUCUCAGGACCUUAUAAGAGUAAUACAUAUAUCUCAACUUAGAGUAGAAAAACAUUUUAAAUACUGGUGUUUUUUAGUCUUUCAAGCCUUGAUAAGGAUACCUGUGGUCUUCCAUAGAAGUUGUUCUUGGGAUGCCGUAAUCCCUGAUGGAGGGUUUUUUGUGUGUGUCAGCCAUGGUAGGCAAAAUUACCAUAUACAAGAUGUGAAGAACAUAUUAUUUGCUUAUUUAAACAAAUCAUACUUUCUAAAAUAUUUUUAUAUUGUCAUCCAUGUGUUUAUUACUGCCAGAAGAUCACAAAUAGUAAAUGAAUGAAUGUAUCAAAAAUAGCAUGCUAAAAUGAUAAUUUUUUUUGUUAUGUUUUGCCUACCAAGGCUUCAAAGGUUCUGCAGUGAAAGCUGCCUGUAGGAAAUUAGAUGGGGUGAAGAGCGGCCUCUGUAUUAGGUCUUUAAUAUGUUAACGUUUGAAUUCACUGUUUAUGUCUACUCUGGAUAGCAUUAUUUUUCUUCAAUCACAUGUGGCAUAUUUCUCUUUAAAGUUAAGUCUAUAUACGAAUAAACUUUUGAUUAAUUAAGAUACAAUUUUUUUUUUUAUGUGUGUGAUUUUAAGUCUGUGGGAAAUCCUAUAAAACACAUCAUAGUCGGAGUUUAAAGGUGAUGAUAGAUGUUAUAGAUCUCUAGAUUGUGUUCUGCUUUGUUUCUCUGUUCUCUUUCUUAUCUUUAGGUGCCUGUGUUUGGUAACUUUGAAACAGAGGUUAGAUAAAUUAUAUUGUAGUUAGAUUCAUUUCCAAACUGAAUUGUAUACAGUUGGAUCAUUGUGAAAUGUGAGCUAUCACAGUUCUCUGGUUUACAUUUUCAUAUUUGUGACAUUGAUUCUGGUUAGUGAAACAUGGUGCAUUGCUAGUUUUCUUUCUUUUGUCAAUCUUGUGCCACUUCUCUGAAUAAUGUAUUAUGUUACUCAGGUUUAUUCAGUAUCUUUAUGUUAUUUGUGUUUGUUCACUCAGUGAAAAUGCAUUCCUGCUCAAGUUGAUAAUAAUGUACAAAGUGUUUUGUUACAUCACUUUCAAAGUGGAUAGUAACAGGUCUUAAGGGUGGUUCCCGCAGACUACUAGCUAUGUUUGAGUUUUGUUUAUGUCCAGCUUUCCACAUUUUUUCAUUUCAUAUCAAAAUCUUGUUCAGCUGCCCUCUUGUAGUCCAGGUCUCAUUGACUCUCAGUUUGAUAAAGUAGCAGUUUUUUACUUUGUUUGAAUUUACUGUAUUUUAGUUUUAUUUAACCCGCUACAAAACAUGGAGGAAUAUUUGAGUUUGGUAGUAGCCAUAUGUAAUCAUGAGUGGUUUAUAAUUACUUAAAAUAGUUUACUAUAACUUUCUUGCUGCAAUACGUUUACGGUUCUUCUACUUGGGGAUCAGGUCUAAACAGUAAAAUCGGGCUGUAACCAGUAUCAGGAGUUUGUCGACCAUCUGCACGUUCACACUAAGAACAUUCUUUAUAGUUUCUUAAGUAAGGAUUAUUAUUACUGCCCACCUGUGCAAAAAUAGAGUUUUUAACUUUAAUUGUUUUAUCAAUUAUUUCUGGCUUGAGUAACACGAAGAACCUGUGAUAUUGUCUUUCCAUACAAUGUCUGUAUGAUAAAUGUGCAUACCAAGAUGACGUGGAUGUGAGCUUUCUGUACUGCAUAUUUGUUUCUGUGGAAUGUUUAAAUAAUGAAAGCAUUGUAUUCUUCUCUUGUCUUGAGGUAGGCUUAUAUUAUAUCAUGUGACCAUAGUCUGUUUCUUCUGGAUAUAUAUAUAUAUUAAGAUUUUCAUUUUAAUGUAGCAGGUUUUUUUUUUUUAUAUUAACAACCAGUUUUAUGUUUAUGCACAAAGUAUGAUUGGUUCUGUUUUUCAAAUCAAAAAAACGUUUAGAUAUAAAUAUAAUUAGAUGUACAUUUGACAUGAAAGGUUAAAAAAAUACAAAUAUCACACAUCCUCCUGUUAGUCAUCAUAAUAUGAUACUAGCUUCUUAGCUAAUAUCAAUGUAGGAUGCUGUUUUCAAGGAGUCACGUAAACACCUUUUGGCUGAAUGUGCAACUUUUAAUUUCUUCUUUAGUUUGUUGUAACAUUUAUAGCUUGUAUGAGAGUUAAUUGUUACCUUGUUUAUUGCUACAAGGCUGUAGUUGUACAAAAAGCUAUGACGGUCAUUAUAUGCAUGCUUUUUUUGUAUGAAAGACAAAGAAUGAACAAUGUCACUGCCAGGAAUUGGAGGGAGGGAAUAUUAUAAAUUGGGAAGUGUAAAAUGAAUUUCUCCCAUCUAAAGUAGCAUCUUUUAAACUUAGCUUGAUCUAAUUGAAUUAUACUUGUUUUCUGGGUUUUCCUUGAAUAAUUAAAAACUAUUUGUGAGUUAGAGAUAAGAAACUAUUACACAAAAUAGGUUGUGAAUUGGUUGAUAGUUCCCAGAAAAUGUAACUGCCAUUUUAAGUUUUAAUCUCAAGCAUUGGUCUUAUUACCAAACUUGGACACUAGGGAUGGGACAAGUAUCCAGUUUGGUAUGCGAUGUGAUGAAUCGGAUAAUGAGAUAGCAUUUUCAUCAAUGGACUAUCUCAUAAUAUCGCGCAAAUGCAUCACACGUAAUGGGUAUUGCGCUAACUAGGCCAACGGUGCUUAUUACUAGCUUCUAAACUAUCCGAUCCAAAAAUAUCUGCAUCCAAUCGGAUAUUACAAACUGGAUAUCGAAACUACCGUUUGCUCCAUCCAUAUUAGAUACCUUACUGCAUCAUUGUGCGCAAGUGCUACUUUUUCCAGUAACCUUCACAAGGGUCUUUGCUUUUAUUCUAAAUAAGCUGUAUCUACUUGUUAUGAGUAAAGUUAAUUUAAACUUUAUUAAGCCUAUAUUAAAUGAUCAGUUGUUUAAAAAAAUAAGAAAGUUAUAUAUAUAAUGAUAUACUUUUAGCUCAAGGCUUUUGCCUCUGUUUGAAUACCAUUAUAGAGUGAAGAAACUUGAACUUUUUUAUUUAUUAAAUAUGAAGAAAGGUUUGCUGCUUCUAUAAACAGAUGAUUGAGAUGUUAUUUCUCUGACUUUAUUUCUGUGAUCUAGAGUAAACUUAUGUUUUGAAGUUCGUUACGAAAUUGGGUGAGACGAUGCAGUCUAGAACUGCUUUACUGUGAAAUUGAGGCAACAGCUAACAAAACACUGCCAUUAUUAGUCAGGGGAGUUAGAUACUGUUAUAUGAUGUCCCAGCCCUUUAAGGAGCUUAACCUACUCUGGGAUAACCCAUUUUUUCAAGAAGCUAUAUAAUAACCAACCUUUCUAGGGCUUAUCUUAUUGAAGAAUAACUUUUAAUUUUUCAAACACUGAACCAUACACUAAGAUAAUCUAUGUUUCUAAGAGUCUUAUCCUUCUAUACGAUAACCACAUUUUACAAGGAGUUUAUAUUGUAGGUUAGUCUACUUUCAAGAAAACUUAACCUACUGUAUUGCAGUUUCUUUUACGUGCUUUAUUUUCCUUUAGGCUAAUUUAUCUUAUUUGUUUUAUGUUACCUUAAACUUAUUCUGCCAUAAAGUCUUGUUUAAACAUGCUACCUUCCGAGAAAAAAAAA